AUUCAAGGAAUUCUGGGCUUGACUGAAUGUAGACAUACAAGAACCGAGGCGCUGUCUGGUGGCCAGAAAAAGAGACUAUCCAUAGCCCUUGAGCUGAUCAACAACCCUCCAGUCUUAUUUCUAGACGAGCCUACGAGUGGCUUGGACAAUGUGUCGACGUCGUACACUCUGCGUCUGCUGCGAACCCUGGCCCACCAGGGCAGAACGAUAGUGUGCACCAUACAUCAGCCAAGUGCCAGCCUCUUCCAGAUGUUCGACCACGUGUAUGUGCUGGCCUCGGGGCUCUGUGUGUACCAGGGCGUAACUGGCGAGCUUGUUCCCUUCCUAUCCUCGGUCGGUCUACACUGUCCCAGGCAUUACAACCCGGCUGACUUCGUAAUUGAAAUGACCGAUGGAGAUGACGAGGAUAAUAUCAAAAGAUUAUCUUCAGCGAUAAAAAAUGGAAAAGUUGUCCAACUGACGUCUGCUGAUGCCAAAAAGUCAAUUCCAGAUUUUUCAAAUCUACCAAUAGAAGGGCUACCACUUGAAGAGAAAAUAGUUGCAGUCACUGGUUCUGGAGAGAAAUACGUAGACAUGGACAACGGCAUCUGUCUCACUUGCAGGGCAGACUCCUCUUCUUGGUUAGAAUUCUGUACGCUUUUCAGAAGGAUGUUCCUUCAAAUUAUGAGAAAUAAGACUGGUCUAAAAAUCCAAUUCUACCAUCACUUGGUGUGUAGUCUGGCUGUGGGCAUUGUAUUCUGGGGCAAGGCACGCGACGGAAAUCAGUUCUUCAACCAUAUGAAGUUCUGCAUGGGGAUCAUUCUAUUCCACGCCUACACUCAGUGCAUGGUACCUGUUCUCACCUUUCCAUUCGAAGUGAAACUUUUGAAGAAAGAACACUUCAACCGAUGGUAUCGACUCACGCCCUACUACAUGGCAUUACAGCUCUCCAAAGUUCCAACCAUG